CUGACAGUGACAGCGAGAAAUAACCUAAAACAAUUUUAUUUCCGUGUUUAAUUUUUUACUUUUGUGUAAUACAAGUUACGAACUAGUUGUUAUUAAAUGACUUAAAUUGCUUUUAAGAUUGAGAUGCUUUUGUAUAAUUGACUUACAUAAUUCGUAUAUCAACUUAAACAAUAAUCACAUUAGCAUUUAAAUAAGCCGAUUCAAAUCAGAAUGUUGAUACGCGGGAACAAAUAUUUAUUGAGUAGAUACGUUUUAAUAAAAAAACUUCAAAAGCGAUCGUUUUUAACAAAUGAAUAUAAAUGUGAAUCAGCUUGGAAUGGACAAAGGUCUUCUCCCAUAAUAAAUAAUAUCAAUCUGAAUGAUUUCUAUACUUCAUUGAGUCAAAAUUAUGCCUCUAAAGGUGUCAUUAGUGCAAUAGAUGUUGACAUAUUUGCGAAUGCUGUAAAAGAGCCCAUAUAUCUUGACGAACUUAAAGAGCUUUUACACAAAUUGAGAUUGUCGGCUGAAACCAGAAACACACUUGAAUCUACACAUCAUGCCACAAUUAGAAAUUAUAUAGAUUUUGGGAAUGAGCAAGAAUUAAUUGACAUUCUUAAAGAUCCCUUAACCUAUGGUGUAUUCCUUGAUGACUUUGCUGCUAAUAUAUUAUUAGAUAAACUUAUAACAUCCAAUAACUAUGAGUUAGCAGCCGAAGUUGCAGCACUUGUAAUGCUCCAAGAAGAUUUUUCUAAUGAAAUAACAUGCACAUUAAGUCAAUAUGCAUGUUAUAAAUAUAUAAUAAACUAUAAGGUUUUACCUCCAGAGGCCCCAAAAGCGGAAGAGAAAAAGAAAAUAGAGGAAAAGAAAAUAAGAAUUAAAUUUCUUAGGAACUACUACCAUGAUGAUCAUUUCGAUAUUAAAGAUUUAAUGUUAUUAUCUGGUAAAACUUUGGCCUGGAUGUCAAGGAAUAACAAUGAUAAUGUCAGUAACAAUUUACAAAUAAUUGGCUGGUUGUAUUACAAAAAGUAUGACUCUCUUUUAUCUUUGUGUGAAAACUAUAAAAAUCUCAAGUCAUUUAAAUUAUAUAAUGACGUAAUUGAGUUGCUCCAGAAAGAAAGCAGUAAAUGUGAAGAUAAAGAUUCAUUGCAAAAAUGUAUUUCAAUUUUAAAUGCAUGUCCGAAAGCUGAAGGUGGAUUAGAAGAAUCUAUUAAAAAAUUAAUUGAGGAUGCCAUUAAUAAGACACAGAAAAAAGAUAUAUCCACACAACAGCAGCUGUUUGAAAUGUGGCUAUCUACAAGGGAAGAAAAACUUAAUGAACAAAUACAGCGACUAAACAGAGCUCAAAGAAUAGUGGAAGUUGAAAAGAAACAGAAGGAAUUAGAAGUGGAAGAGCAAAAAUUGUGGUUCUUUGAAAAUGAAGAGAAGAUUGAUUUGGAAAUUGAAAGCAAAGAAAAGCUUCAUACUAGUACUGAAAAGAAUGACAUAAAUAUCAGUGAAGACAAUUAUAUUCCACCAGAAAUAUUGCCAAAGCGUAAAUAAUGUUUACUGAUUAGAGAAAGUAAAUAAAAGUCUAAAUUAACA